AUGGCCUUCGGCGUCCUGCAGAGUGCUCGAAAUCCCCGGCCCCGAGGUACUGUGGUCUUGGAAUCGAUUCCAUCCACCUCCUCUACUGGCGGAGGCGGAAGGCUUGACCUCAUCCUUGUCCCAACGCCGUCGCCCUACCCUGCAGACCCUCUCAACUGGUCCAGAAUACGCAAGGAACUGUAUUUUCUGACCAUUCUCUUCGGGGCUUGUCUUACCGGAGUCAUCGGCCCUGUCCUCGUGCCUGGUUUCACUAUCAUCGUGGCGACUUUCAACGUCUCUCUUACGCAGGUCACUCUGCUAAACGGCUCACUGGUAAUGGCACUUGGAGUGAGUUCUUAUCUGUGUGCAUGCUUGGCCGAAGUGACAGGAAAACGGCCUGUCUUCUUGGCCACAUCUGUUUUACUGGUGGCCUCUAGUUGCUGGGGAGCCGCUGCGAAGUCUUAUGGCAGCUUACUCGCUGCAAGAAUUUUCCAAGGUCUGGGUAUGGGUUCUUUCUUUGCCUUGGCCGGAACAAUAUCUAUCAAUGAUGUCUUUUUUGUCCACGAGCGUGGUCUGAGGGUCGGCCUCUGGAAUUCGGCCGUCAUUGCCUCAGUCAACUUGGCUCCCGUUAUCAGCAGUCACAUUAUCGUGAAUCUGGGAUGGCCAUGGGCGUUCUGGAUCCUCGCCAUUUCGUUCGGCGUGUUGCUAGUUGCGGUCACGCUGUUCUUUCCCGAGACGAGCUAUAGCCGCAGUGUUAUUGAGGGCGAAAACCUUGUUCUUGUUGACCAUGGGCACCGCACUAGUAUUACGGGAUCGAACAUUCCGGAAAAGGUACCUCACCAGGACUCUACGGCGCCAUAUCAGCAGGACCGAGAACUGCAACAAGGCGACAGCGAACAACUCAACGGCUCACUUACGCUCAGUUCGCUGCUCCAUCCGUGUCCGGCGCCUCUCGGAAGCUUCGUUGACUUUCUCAAAGCUGUGGCAACGCCUCUAUUGCUCCUCAGACAUCCAGCGACCAUUUGGGCCUGUGUGAUGUGGUCAGUCACUUUUACAUGGGUGAUCAUCCAAGGUGCCGUAGCGUCGCAGAUUUUCGCCUAUCCUCCUUACAAUAUGACUCCCACAGCAGUCGGCAAUCUCAUCGGAAUCGCUCCACUGAUCGGAUCACUUCUGGGGACUCUGAUUGGUGGCCCACUCUGUGAUGUUGCUGCCGUCCAGCUAAGCAGUCGCAAUGGUGGCAUCUACGAACCUGAGUUUCGGUUGUGUGCUAUCCUCGUCGGCGGUGUUGUGCCAUUCGUGGUGGGAGCCUAUGGACUCGGUGCUGCCGUUGCAGGGGGAUUGUCUCCCGCUACCUGUGGAUUCUUCCUGGCUGCUAUCAAUUUCGCCGUUGGUACGUCAUGUACAGGCAUCGUCGCCUACUCCAAUGACGUCUUCGGGGAGGACGCAGGAGAGGUUUUUGGACUGGCGAUGGUCGUGAAAUCGGCUUUUGCCUUUGGCCUAACCUUUAUGUUCAACGACUACUAUGCAAACCAUGGGCCCAAGGUGUUUUUUUACACGUGGGGCUCGUUGACUGUUGGUGCGUUGCUCUUUGGCACGGCUUUCUUGUACGUGUACGGGAAGAGGAUAAGGGCUUGGAUGGAUCAAUAG